AUGUCGUCGGCCAAAGGCCUCUCUCUGGCAUGCGUUUUUGACUGGUCGCGGAACGUCAGCAGAGCAAUGUGGCAGGGUUGACGUUUUCGGCUCGUGUGCGGCCAACACGACGCAGAACGCCCUGAAUUUUAGAUACCUGCAGGGGGUUUGUGCAUGACAUCAUGAUACUGGCCUCUGUUUGGCCAGCAGACGGUGUAGUUCCUCGUUCUGGCACGAUCGGGGUGUGACCAGGGGGUACCCCCCCCCAUUUCUAACAGCGAUAUUCC